UAUAAAAUGACGAAUGAUAUAACAAAAAACAAGUCUAUAGGAUAAUAUCUAUUUGGUAAGGAAUAAAAAAUAAACUAUAUUAGGUAAAACUUUAGGUGAAGGAACAUUCGGGAAAGUAAAAUUGGCAACUCACAUAUUGACAGGAGAGAAAGUGGCUAUCAAAAUUUUGGAGAAGUAAAAGAUCGCUGAUGCAUCUGAUGUUGAAAGAGUAACAAGAGAGAUUCAAAUAUUGAAAUAGGUUCGUCAUCCUAACUUAGUACAAUUAUAUGAAGUAUUUUUGGGUUCUUAUCAGAUAAUAGAAACACCGAAAUAAUUAUUUUUGGUGAUGGAAUAUGUCAAUGGAGGUGAACUAUUUGAUUAUAUUGUCUAAAAUUAAAGAAUUAAAGAUGUUGAGGCUGUUCGAUUUUACAGUUAAUUAUUAUCUGGAAUUGAGUAUUUGCACAAAUUACAUAUAGUGCAUAGAGAUUUAAAGCCAGAAAACUUGAUUCUAGAUGGAAGAGGUAAAAUUAAGAUAAUAGAUUUUGGAUUGUCUAAUUUUUAUAAACAAGAUGAUCUAUUGAAAACAGCUUGUGGAUCUCCUUGUUAUGCAGCUCCAGAAAUGAUAGCUGGUAAAAGAUAUUAAGGACUCUAAGUUGAUAUUUGGAGUUCUGGGGUGAUAUUAUUUGCUAUGUUGGCAGGUUAUUUACCUUUUGAAGAUCCAAAUACAAAUUAAUUAUAUAAGAAAAUUAUAUCUGGUGAUUUUAAGUUUCCAAAAUACAUUUCAAAUGAGGCAAAAGAUCUUAUCAAAAAUAUUUUAAAUACAGAUCCAUUAAAAAGAUAUACAAUUCUUGAAAUAAGAAAACAUACUUGGUUUAAUUUUUGUAUCAUUUUUAUUUUAUCAAGUUUUAUUAAGACAAUUAAAAAAUACCGACUGGACUGGUUAUUGGUCAUCACAAGAUUCCUAUUGAUCCAGAAAUUAUUAAAUAAUUACUUCAGUAUGGAAUCUAAAUUGAAUAUGCUGAGAAAUGUAUAGAAAGUAAUAGACAUAAUCAUGUUACGACUACAUAUUAUUUACUUCUCAAAAAAUAUAUUAUUGCUGGUAAUAAAUCUAUUGCAGGUGUAAUGUUUAUAAUCUAAUUAUAGAUAUCAGUUCUGAAUUAUUUGAACCAUAACGAAUUUCCAUUCGACAAUCAACAUAUACUGAUAGAAAAUAUACAAAUCCUAGUAAUCCCUUACCAUUAAUCUAAAGGAAAAGUAUAUUAUUAUUUAUUAUCAUCUUAGGUAGACAUAAUAAUACCUUAUAAAUGGAUGAUUCUACUAUAGACACUAAACCAAGAUUAAACAAUUCAGUUAAUACUUAAAACACAAUCCUAUAAUAAUCUCCCACUAUAAUGAAUUAAUCAGUUGAUAUGAGAAGAAAAAUCACAUUAGACUUUUAAAAAACUACUGUUUUAGAUGCAAGUUAAUUAUAACAAUCAAAUGAUAUCAAAGUCUUGAAAUUAAAAACUCCUGUCAACAGAAAUUAUAUAUUAUCUGAGUAUUAUGGCAGAUUUCCAAGAAAAUCAAGAAAUUAAGAUCGAUAAUCUUCAGUUGAUUAGGAUUAAUCUUAUUAUAAAACGUUCUACAAAGGAACUUCUGUCCCAAAAAAAUGA